UUUUGUCAUCAAUAAACAUUAUUUUCCGGUUUCAAUUUACUUUAGUUUAUAAUCAAUGUUGCGGACUCUGGCUAUUAACCUUAGAAUAAAAUGCCGGCGGCCUCUUAUUGCUGAUUCAUUUAUUAGUAAACACUGCAGACGCACGUCGACAUUGGAAAUUGAGGUUCAAAACACGACGCCAGUAAAAAAAGUUAAGGCAAUGGCUGAAGACAGAUCUCACUUUCUGCUACCCAAUAACCAAAAAUUUGUAGAAUUGGAUAGUUCUCAGGCAUUUAAUAAACUGACGGACAAAGAAAAACUUUACGCUCAUUAUUUGAGUCAGGCAGCAUGGCACGGUGGACUUAUAGUUCUUAUGCAGACCAGUCCCGAGUCUCCGAAGAUAUUUUCUUUGCUGCAUCGUAUUUUUGCUAAUGAGUCCUUGUUAUGCCUCAGAGAGAGUGUCCGUCAACAGGGUGUUAGCAAUGAUGAUUUUCAGGCAUUUUUGGUGUACGCUGGUGGUAUUUUUGCUAACAGUGGUAACUACAAAGGUUUUGGUGAUACCAAGUUCAUUCCGAAUUUACCGAAAGGAUCUUUUGAGCUUAUUGUGAAGGCGUCCAAAGCUUAUGAUGAAGACCCUCAGCACAUUAUGAAGCUUUGGCAACAAGCUUCCAACUUUAUUUACAGCAUUGCUCCAAGGCUUACACGUCUCGGCUUAUGCGAUAAGGGUGUAACAACAUACUUUUCAAGCAAUGUGACAGAAGAAGAUUCCAACUUAGUGAAUGAUUGGAUGAAAACGAAAUUAAUUGAAGCAUACAUUUGCCGCACAUUCAAAACAACUGCUGAGGAUGGCUUACCAUUAUACACCAUACACUUAGCCAGCGUAAACACUGAUGCCAAACCGCCUCUCACCAUGGAAAAGGAAAAAUACAAGGGGGCAUACUUCCAAGUGACCCGUGGAGACUACUCGCCUCUUCUGAAGUUGGUUAAUGAUAACCUCACGAUGGCUCGCGAGUAUGCCGCUAAUGAUAAUGAGAGGAACAUGCUGGAACAUUAUGUUAAGAGCUUCAAGGAAGGAGAUUUGAGUGAGCAUAAGGAAGGCAGCCGUUAUUGGAUCAAGGAUAAGGGACCAAUAAUUGAAACAUAUCAAGGUUUUAUUGAAACCUACCGCGACCCGAGCGGUCAGCGCGGUGAAUUCGAAGGUUUUGUAGCGAUGGUCAAUAAGGAAAUGUCGAAGAAAUUCGGUGACCUCGUCGAUGGAGCUGAACGGUUCAUCAAACUGCUGCCUUGGGGCAAGGACUUAGAAAAGGACACAUUCCUUAGACCCGAUUUCACUAGUUUGGAUGUACUUACUUUCUCUGGAAGUGGCAUCCCGGCUGGCAUCAACAUUCCUAAUUAUGACGAGAUUCGUCAAAACGAAGGCUUCAAGAACGUGUCCCUAGGUAACGUGAUCCCGGCCGCGUACAAGGAGUCCGUCAUUCCGUUUCUGUCCGACAGCGAUAAGCAACUGCUAGAGAAAUACAGGGUCGCUUCUUUUGAAGUACAAGUAGGUCUACACGAAUUGCUGGGCCACGGCAGCGGCAAACUGUUUGUGCAGAAUGCUGACGGCACCUUCAACUUUAAUAAGGAAUCUGUCAAGAAUCCGCUUACUGGUAAAGAGAUCGAGUCAUGGUAUUCACCGGGCGAGACGUACGACAGCAAGUUCACAACGCUCGGCUCUGCGUUCGAAGAGUGCCGCGCCGAAGCCGUCGGACUAUACCUGUCGCUGGUGCCAGAGAUUUUGAAAAUCUUCGGUUACGAGGGUCAAGAAGCGCAGGACGUGACAUACGUGAACUGGCUCAGCCUGCUGUGGAACGGCGCCGCUAAAGCCACGGAAAUGUACCAGCCUUCCACCAAGACCUGGCUACAGGCUCACGCCCGCGCUCGCUUCGUGCUGAUGCGGCUGCUGGAGCUGGAGGGCGAGGGCAUGCUCCGCAUCGAGGAGACGGAGCCCGGCAAGAACUUGCAGCUCACGCUACAGCGGGAUCAACUCGCUACUAAGGGCAAGAAGAUUAUAGGUGAUUUCCUAGUACAACUUCAAACAAUAAAGGCGACGGGUGACGUAGCAGCGGGAGAGAAAUUGUUCGACAAGUACAGCCGCCUCGACGAGCCGUGGGGCCGCUGGCGGGACAUCGUCCUGAUUCACAAACAGCCGCGCAACAUCUUCGUGCAGCCUAAUACCUUCCUUAUUAAUAGCAACAAAGGUGAAGAGAUUGACCUGAAGCGCUACCCAGCCACUGCCGAGGGUAUGAUAGCAUCCUGGGUGGAACGCUUCCCCAAAACAGACAUCGACGACAUUCUAGAACAGCUUGCAGAGAAGGACACCAAGUACUUCCAGGAUCUCAAAGCCAUUGCCAACGAAUGAAUAACAUAAAUUAUCACUAACAAUAUUGUACUCGUACUGGUAUAACUUUUAACAUCAAUUUUUAAAUAUACUCCCAAGUUAUGUAU